AUAGACAUCGUUUUUACUACGAUUCUAGUCAGCAGUCCUGGUCAGAUGCUCACUGACCACCUAAAAUUCAUAUCUUAAACUUGAACAACAUUUUGACAGUAAGUACUCUAAUUAAAUUAGAUGGACCCGGAAGACAUUUUAAUGCCUAAAAACGUUAUCGAUUCGACAAAAACAAACAAACUGGACUGUAUACGUACAAACUGGACUGUGCGUAAUUUCAUUUGUCACGCCACACACGCGACGGGUUUAUUUGUGGGAGUUGUUAAAAAGUUAAGUUUCGAUUUCUGCAAAGUGAACUGUGGGAGAAAGUGAAACUGACGUGCUGUCGGCUAGCAUGGAGAGCCUGUCAAACAUGUACCGUCGCGCUCGACGCAAGGCUUUCAACUUUUUCGACCGGGUUAGUUUUAUUCUUAGGUUGCUCUUUCAAGCUCUGUCUCCACUGUGGUCGUGGAUUUUGCGGAUACCGGGUGUUGAGUUCCUCUGCUUACGAGCUCGAUUGUUAUGUGUAAGAGUCCAAAAAUUGGCCUCGCUGACUUGGCGAGGCAGCAGAAAUGAGCAGAGUGAGAAGAACCAGUGGGAGAACGGGUUCUCUUCGGAUGAGGAGGGGAACAGGGUGGGUCCUUACAGUGGCCCCACGGCAAGGAGUCCCAGUGAGGUCCCCGAAAUACCGGACAAGCCUCCAGAGGUUCGGGUAGAGAAUGAGUUCAGCGGAAAUGAAUAUCGAGUCGACGAAACGGAUGAUUUCUACUGCGACUAUGAUUCAACUUGGGAGACUGAGCAUGAGAAAGAGAAAGAGAGCCCCCCAAGAAGGAGGACCUACCAAAGCAGAAGGAACAGAACUUACAAGUUCACCAGGUUUGAAAAUGCUGCUAAAGACAUGCAGAACUACAGGCACGACUACCCAAACCUUCACCGGACACGACACUUUGAGCAAGAAAAUGAUGAAAAGCCCAAUCUGAGAUUCUACCUCAGGAAAAUGGCCUCUUUACCAGACGAGAUCUACAUUGAUCAGUUCCACAAUGAAUGGAAAGGAAAGUAUGCCAAACUGGAGCAUACGCACAGCUAUAUUCAGUGGCUGUUUCCUCUGCAGGAACCCGGGAUGAACUCUGAAGCAAAAACCCUGACAAAGCAGGAAAUUCAGGAUUUUCUUGAUAGUCCGACCGCAAGGAAGAAUCUACUGGAAUCUUACAAGCUCAUGUUGGAUUUUUAUGGUAUCAAGUUAGAAAAUGAGGAAACAGGAGAGGUAGCGAGAGCAGCCCACUGGAGUGACAGGUUCCAGAAUCUGAACAAUCACACACACAACAACUUGCGCAUCACCCGCAUCCUGAAGUGCCUGGGAACUCUUGGAUACCGUCACUACCAAGUCCCUCUGGUUCGGUUCUUCCUGGAAGAGACUCUGGUCAAAGGUGAACUUCAGAGGGUCAAAGACAGCGCCCUGAGCUACUUCUUGUUUGCUGUUCUCGAUAAGCAAGAACGCAGGAAGCUUCUCAAGUUUGCCUAUGAUAACUACGACGAUACAGAACCAUUUGUGUGGUGCCCAAAGAAAAUCCAGGACGCAUGGUCAAAACCUUGGCAGGAACAGGACCAAUUUAGUUCAGGGGGAAACGGCUGGGACAACACAUCAACGUACAACUGCUGAUGUAGCAAUAAAUGUGUUGGCAGUAAGAAUAAAAAUUUAAUGCACAACCUGUUGGACAUUUGUUCAAAAGCUUUUGAAGUGAAGAUUGAGAUGAAAGCAGUUGUUUGUUGAGGUAUAACACCUAUUAAUCAUGUUUGCAGUUUUUCCAGUUUACUUAUUCUUCCUGUUCUUAUGCACUAAAUGUGUGUUUUGCACUAAGACAAAUAAAGUACAUUAGAGUAAUUUAAAAAAAAGGUGAACAAACUGGAUUAUUUUUCCAUGCUUCUUGGUUUGAUUUUCAGAAUUUAAAUGUACACUUAAAUUGCUCUGAGUUCUUGAAUUGUAAUUCAUGCCUUUUCUUCAUUAAAAGGAUAAAACCUCACUCCA